AAGUCAUGGAUGAGUUGCGUGAAAAAAAGUACAUAAUGGGGAAAGACAGACGAGAGAUGGUUCGGAUCGUCGCUGAAGAUUACCUCCAUAAACACCCAGGAAGACCUGGUAGACAAAAGCUGAGGGAACUCGCCAGUAUGAUUGUAGGACAAUAUCCUGCCUCCUUCAAGCUGACAGAGCCGUUUGGAAACAAACCUUUUGCAAAAGAUGGUUCUGAAACUCUCUUUCGUCAGCUGGAACACAGAAUUGAAAAUAUGAAGAGGCCACAAAGCUCACUGAAGAGGCAAGCAGGGGGUGAAAAUUCAACAAAGAAAAGGCCCAGGAAUUCAGAUCUGUAUGGAUGUGUGGCGUGGGAUCCAAUCAUUGAGGGGGCCGUGUGUAGAGAAGACCUGCUGUCUAAACGAGAUGAGUUGAAACGUGCCUUUCAAACCCAGGAUCUUCAGGAGUCAUCUGUUCGAAAAUUGAUGACUGAAACAUAUCCCAUUCAGCGUGAAAUCCUCAACGAUGAUGAUACCACUAUUGCCGUUGUAAAGGACGAGUGGCCGUUCCUGUUUGAAGUUCCUCACCUGUUUGAUCAUGCAUCUAAACUCCUUGGCUUCUCUGUACAAAACAAGCUGGCACAGGAACUUUCCAAAAAAGAAAAGGGGAUCAAUGACUUCCUUGACUCCAAAGGGAUGAAGAUGGGCGAAGGUCCAAUACAGCUCAUCUGUGGCAUUUCAAAAUACUUCAAGGAAGACUCUUAUAAACUCUUCCACAAAAAAGAGAUCUCUGCAGAUCCUGAAGUCGAACUCCCAGUGACCCCAUGCAUCCUAAUCAGAGGUGACCAGCAAUUCAAGAUUGCUGUUGAUGGGUUACUUGUCAAUGACCACAUCACCUCUCCCAUUGUGGCCUUGAGCUACGUCUUCUCCAUGUUUUAUGUCUGCAACGUCCAAUACCCACCGGAGAUGGCUUUUACUCUCGAAUUCAUGCAAAGAGUUUUCUUUGGGGUCAAUCCUGAGCGAGGCUCUAAGGCAGAGAAGAAGGGGAAGAAACGGCACUUCAUUCCUCCACAGGUGUGCAAGCUGGUUUCUCAGCUGAAGGAAUUUGAAUGCAAGCAGAAGGAAUCUGAAUGGGCCAUUUGA